GCGGAUCUAAGUUGACAACACUCGACUACAGUCACUCAGAAGCCUCGACCCAAUGGCACUCAACACCUCUCGCUCAGUACUGUCGUCGACGUGCACCGCACUAAGAAUAUGUAGCGGCUCGGCACCGUCAACCGCCCAGCGCCUCGGGCAAACCUCCGUGCGCCAACUGUCGACCUCGGCGGCGCGCCGAACAGAUGCAGUUGAAGCGACAACCCAGCAACAAGAACAACAACCACGGCCACGAUGGUCCUACACUCCGGAGCGCAUGAAGGGCCCCGGCUUUUCCAUCAACAUCGUCAAGGAUCCCAGUCGGACGAUCUGGCAAAACAACCAAGAUCCGGCGAAGCUCGAUGCCAUGUACAACCGGCUCCUGGGCCCCAAGGGGGAUAGGAUGCUGCCCGACGAGAUCAAGUGGCUUGCCAUUACACACAAAAGUUUCGACCAGGGGCGGAGAGGCUUUAACACGAGACUGGCCUACUUCGGGCGGCUCAUCGUCGCUCUCGAAACCACGCGGCACAUCAUGGUCACCCCAGCAUCGUCUCGAGAAUUUCCGGACGAGUUUGGCCGCGAGCCGUUCCGGCACCACGCGCUCGCGAAUAUCGACAAGCUCAACAUAAGGCAACCCCAGCAUAUCGCUUCCAAGGAAAAUCUGAGAAGGCUUGCCAUGGAUGUCGGCCUGCUCGAGGUCAUCAGGUGGAAGCCGAGGAUGCCCGAAAACCUCGAAUCCUCCGGUCUGACUGUCGUCCUUAAUACUUCACUUUUCGCUAUCAUUGGAGCUAUCUCUCUACAGCACGGGGCCGAAGUCGCACAGCAGGUGUUUCGGGACAAGAUCCUCAGAAGGCUCGGGGCAUGAGCACGGCCACGGUG